AUGGAGAAGCAAGGUGUUCCCAUGCAGCAAUACCCCCAAUCGCCCGACGUGACCGGCGCAACACAGCCGCCCGUCUACCACCAGGACCCCGCUGCCGCCCAAUAUGAACAACAACAGUACCUGCAGCAGCAGCAGCAACAGCAACAACAGCAAUAUGCACAGCAAUACCCGCAGCAGCCUCAGAGUCCGCCUCCGCAGAACGCGCAGCCUCAUAUCUCGCACGAACAGCAGCAGAAAGCCUACUCGCAGCCGCAGCAACCUGGCAUGCCGCCGCAGCAGGCCUCGGGACCGGUGUACCAGAACGCCACACCCAUUGCGAGUCUCGGACGCGGCCCUGCCCCCGCAGAUUGCCCUGCGUGCGGACAGAGGAGCAUGACAAACUGCGCCUUCGAGACCGGAAACACGACCCAUGCCUGGGGCUUCGGUCUCUGCUGUCUCUGUUGUCUGGGCUGCAUCCCAUACGUUAUGAACAGCCUCAAGGACGUCACCCACAAGUGCGGACGCUGUGGAGUCCUUUUGGCUACAUGGCACCGCAGCGGCACGACCGAAGUGCACAUCCACUCCUAA